AUGAAGGAAGAUGAGACAGUGAACCAAUACUCAGACAAGAUAAUGGCUGUGGUCAACAACAUAAGAUUGCUAGGAGAACAGUUCAGUGAGGCAAGAAUUGUGGAGAAGGUGCUCUCAACAUUGCCUGAAAGAUAUGAGGAGCAAAGGAGAGCCAGCAGGAUGGAAGAGCACCAGGAGGGUGCUUUCCAAGCUAAGGCCAAAGCAGCCUCAAGCACCUCAGCCUAUAAAGGCAAGAAGAAUUGGAAAAGCAGGCCUAAGCCUGAUGCUGCAAGAGGAGGAGAUCGGCUCUGCAGAUUUUGUAAAAGACCUGGUCAUCCAGAGACCAGAUGCUGGUUCAGGCCAGAUGUUGUGUGUCAACACUGCAAGAAGAAGGGCCAUGUUGAAAGGGUCUGCAAAGAAAAAGACAGACCUGGCCAAAACCAACUACAACACAAGGGUGAAGAAGCUCGAGUGGCUGAAAACAACAGUGACCAUGAAGAGCAAGUCUUUGCUGUGUCAUGUCUGGCUGGUCAAGGCAAAGGCUCAAAAGGGUGGUUGCUGGACAGUGGCUGUACCAAUCACAUGUCACCAGAUGCAACAAUUUUCAAAACCUUGGAUAGAAGCUGCAAAACCAGGGUAAAAAUUGGGAAUGGUCAGUUCAUCAAGGCUGAAGGCAAGGGAAAUGUGCUAAUAUGCACUGCCACAGGUGACAAAAUCAUCAAAAAUGUGUUGUUGGUACCAGAGAUUGACAGGAACCUUCUUAGCAUCUCUCAAUUACUAGAGAAAGAUACUCAGUUGUGUUCAAGGGCCAGGAGUGCGAAAUUACUGAUCCCAUUGGAUCAAGCCUCAUAA